AUGUGUCUUCUUGUUUUUGUUCUUUCUAAAAUUCUUAUUUAUUUAAUUUUACUUCACGGUAAUUACGAAGUAUUUUCUUCUUUAUUCUUCUUACCAAAAUGUCUGUUUUUCUUCCUUCCUUCCUUGCUUCCAACAUUUUCUUUAUUUUACCAAAGCGUCUUCCUUUCUACAUUUUCUUCUACUUACCAAAACGACUUCGUUCCUUCUUUCAUUUUCUCCUUUUUAACAGAGUCCUUCCUUCCUCCCUUCAACAUUUUCUUCAUUUUACCGAAGCGUCUUCCUUUCUUCCGACAUUUUCUUCUACUUACCAAAACGUCUUCCUUCCUUCCUUCGUCUCCCUUCCUUCCUUCCUUCCUUCCUUCCUUCCUUCCUUCCUUCCUUCCUUCCUUCCAACAUUUUCUUCUUUUUACCAAAGUGUUUUCCUUCCUUCCUUUCCCUUCCUUCCUUUAUUUUCUUGUUCUUACGAAAUCGUCUUUAUUCCUUCUUACUUUUUCUUCUUACCACACCGUCUCCUUUCUUUUCUUCAUUUUCUUCCUUUUUCCAGAGUCUUCCUUUUUUCUUCUUCUUACUAAAGCGUCUUCCUUCCUCUAUUCCUUCAUAUUUUUCUUGUUAAACGUCUUUCUUUCUCUCGUUCUUUCUUUCUUUCUUUCUUUCUUUCUUUCUUUCUUUCUUUCUUUCUUUCUUCACACCAAAUGUUUUCCUAACUUCCCUCCUUUCUUUCUUCCUUCCACCCUUUUCUUCUUUUUGCCAAAGCGCCUUCCUUCCUUCCUUCCUUCCUUCCUUCCUUCCUUCCUUCCUUCCUUCCUUUUUUUGUAUAAUUGCAAAGUGACUUUCUUUCUUUCUUUCUUUCUUUCUUUCUUUCUUUCUUUCCAAAGUAUCUUCCUUUCUUCUUUUCUUCCACUUUUACUUCUUAUUUGCAUUGACUUCCUUCCUUCUUUCCUUUUUCUUCCUUCCUUCACCUUAAUUGGAAAAUGUCAUCUUUCCUUUCUUCUUCUUCUUCUUCUUCUUCUUCUUCUUUUUCUUCUUCUUCUUCUUCUUGCUUUAUUCUUCUUCUUCUUCUUCUUCUUCUUCUUCUUCUUUUCCAAAGUGUUUUCCUUCCUUACUUCCUUCUUUUUCAUCUUCUUUCAAAUUUCAUUGAUUUUAACUGUUCACAUAAUACCUCCAUUUCCCCCUCUGCUAUUGCUUUUCCUUCCAUCAUUCUUUCGUUUUCUUCUUUCACUCUUUCUGUUGUUCCUUCCUUUCCCUUACCCUUCCUUCCUUUCUUUCCCUUCCUUCCUUCCUUCCUUCCUUCCUUCCUUCCUUCCUUCCUUCCUUCCUUCUAUCAAUUUUCACUCCCUCACUUUUUCUUUAUUUUUCUUUACUUGCUUUUUUAUUUCUCGCCCUCCUUCGACACAUUUUCUUUGUCGUUAUAAAUUCUUCUUUCUUUCUUUCUUUCUUUCUUUCUUUCUUUCUUUCUUUCUUUCUUAUUGA